GUAGUUUCUCGCGCUCCGCGCCCCUAAAGAGUCGUAAUAAAGCGUUACUCCUUGUGCAAUAAUUCACCCUGAGUUAUCACAUGUACCACCUAAAAAUGCAAGCAACCCCCAACUCUAAAAACAGAGGAAUUCCCUCGGAAAUUGUCUGAAGCAUUUUCCAUCAGUCCCUUUUAAUCACUCGAUUGUUUAUAUCCAUCGAAGGAAAAAUAAAUGAGACUCAAUUUAAAUGUCAACACGAAGUGACAUCGAGUGCUAAAGUUUUGUGAUUAAUUAAUCGAUUCGAGUGACUGGCAUUAGCCGGACUUGGAGUUGCCACUGCGAUUUCACGGGCUAAUCUAAAUUAUGUUUGAAAAAAAAAUCACCAAAAUAUCCAUGGCUCGCAGAAAUUCAAGGCCUCCACGAUAAUGAAUUGGAUUUUUACGUCAAUCACUUUAAAAUUACCCUAAAACCUAAAAAACAUCGACGUAUUUAUCAGUUCUUGAGGGAUUCAUCCUCAAGGUGGAGGUGACGAGUAAUAUCGCGAUGAAGUGGAAGAGAACACCAAUGGAAUUCCUCCCAGAAAAGACGUUUUUGAUCAUUAAAGAUGAUUUGGAGGCGCUAGCAGUUAAUUGCACAGUGAAAGAACCGGCGCACCGUAAAAAAUCGAAAUCAGCAGCGGAUACGGGUACAUGGCCUCCAAAAAUAAAGAAGCUCGGGCCGUACGGCCCAAAGGAGCGUCCUAAAACGGCAAAUUUGGAGAGACCAAGUGUCCUGGAUCCAAGCCUGGUGAACAAGCUCGACAUGUCCUUGCUGAGUAAAGAAGUACUGAGUGAUUCCAUGACACAACUUCGUCAUGGUCUGCAAAAGUUGGGUGGGGAUCGUCAUAGCACAGCAGACACGAAGACAUUCCGUCAGAAGCGACGUAGCUUCGAGCACGUGCUGUUGGAUCAACCGCUGGUGAUGAGACGUCAGGUGUCACCCGACGUCCGACGCCUCGACGCCAACAACAACCGGAACAAAGUCACGUCAUCCCUGUCAACGGUGAGAAUGGUCAAGUCAUCGAGACCAGCGGAGAUCGAGGUCUUCACGGGUUUGGCAAAGACAACACCAGAGCCCUGCACUACGUGCGGUCGUCCUGAUCAGCCUGAGCGCCUUCACAGCCAUCCAAAGGGUGUCUUACCCACCAAGAUAAUCGCUAAUUCUGGAAAGCCCAAGGAAAUUACAAAAAAAACAACGCAAAAACCGGUAGCCCUGAAUUUCCAGAGCGAAAAGACCAAAUCCAAGUCGAAGGAACUCUCUCCUGCAUCCUCCAAGGAUUUGUCCUCUGAAAAAAUCCGCGAAUCCUCUGCCUCAAUGAGAAAGGGCCCUAGAACAGUCACCUGUUACAUCUGCGCGAGGGAAUUCGGAACUGCUAGUUUUCCCAUACACGAGCCCAAGUGCAUGCAGAAAUGGGAGAGGGAAAAUAGCUCUUUGCCACCUUCUCAAAAACGUUCACCACCUCAACGUCCGAUUGUCCCCAUUGAUCACCAGGAGUGGAACACAGCUGCCUGGCAGUUAUCUCAGACGCAAUUGGUGCCAUGCUGGAAGUGCGGUAGAACUUUUUUGCCGGACCGAUUGCCGGUGCACCAAAAAAGUUGCAAAGCACCAGCUAAGCAAAAUUCAGCCUCGAGUAAAUCGGAUAGAUCCGAUCAAUCGGGAAGUUCCAACGCUCGUGGCGUGUCGACUAUUCAAUGUGAAGUAUGUGGACGGAAUUUUGGCUCCACAAGUAUUAAAAUUCACGAGCCGCAGUGCUUGAGACGAUGGCAGUCAGAAAAUGAAGGAAAAAAAGAGCCCCCGAGGCGUCAGGAGUCGGGGGAAAAAGUUUCAUCCUCCAAUCCAUUACAGAAAAAAACGGUGACAUGUUACAUCUGCGGACGAGAUUUUGGCUCUACAAGUAUCGAAAUACACGAGCCCCAGUGUUUGAAAAAAUGGCACAUGGAGAAUGGGAAAUUGCCACCGAAUCAAAGACGUCAGGAGCCUCAGAAACCGGAAGUCGUUCUCAGCAGUGCAUCAACUCCUGGGAACCCGGUGGUAGACUGGACAGCGACGUCAGAAGCAAGAUGGAGAAGUCACUUGGGACAAUUGGUGGCGUGUAAAAACUGCAAAAGAACUUUCAACCCGGAUCGUGUAGCGAUCCACGAACGCACCUGCAAGUCUACACGUUAAUCAAUACCCUAGACAAUUUCUUUGGUCCUCUGGGAUCAAACGUCACACGUCUGGACGAAAAGAAGCAUUAACUAAAUAAAUUUAAAUCACUGGUGUUAAUUUAUCGAGUGACAGGUCAAUAGGUGAUUCUGACACAUAACUUAAUCCAUUCACGGAGUCAUUUUUAUUCAGUGGAUCAUUAAUAUCAAUUCCAAGGUACAAAAAAUAAUUCUCCUCAGUGUAAAUGACAGUCCAAAACGUAGACUGGAGUUAUCUGGGGGUCGAUGUGUAAUAAUGGAAAUGAUUUGUGCUUUCACGAAAAUAUAUAUUUCUUUAGAAAUCCUUUCGCUCAUUAUUUUUCAUCGUCAGAUUGUUAUCUUUCAAAUGAAUUAAUCCUAACAAGUGUGGGUGGGAAUAAUCUGUAUUCGAUAUUAAAUGAGAAUUAAAGCUAGUAAAAUAUACAUUUCAGUCGAUAGAACCUGCACGUUAGAGAUCACAUUCCUGGAACAUUGUUUGGUCCGUUGAAUUAUUAAACAAAAAUCGAUGGGGAGUGGCAAUUUCAGUUGUGGUCAACUCAACGUUCCAGAAUGCAUAUAGAAAACUGCAACUCAAUUAUUAAAUGGAAUAUUUCAGAAAAAGGGUUAGAUUUUGUGAAAAUAAAUUUGGUGAAUCCGUGGAUACUGGUAGUAUUUCGAUUUGAGAGAACACUUAUUCACAAAAUCAUGUCUUUGUCUGAAUUAUCCCUUGAAGGUGCGCAUCGUCAUUCAAAAAUGACUGACGUUAGCAUGUCUGAAUGUACAUAGGACCGAUCCAGCGUAGUUUCAAAGGGUUAAGGGUAUUUACCAGAAAUAAAUAAACAUUGACUCACUUAGGAAUCUUAUGGCGGAAUGCCGGGGAUAUCCAGCUUGAUAUCCUGCCAGAGGCGUAUAAAUAUCAAAUAUCAGCUAUCUCUAAUACUGCUAAUUAGAUCUACUUAUUUCAGAGGUACAUCAUAUCGCUUACACACUAUCGAGGAAUCCGUGUAAAGUGAAAAUCUCGUUUGUUUCACUGUCUCAGGAAGUAUGAAAAAUAUCGUUUAUUAGGUCACGAUGAGGUACGUGUAGAUUCUUGACAUUAUUCAGAAGGAAAAAUCUACCUAACUGUGAAGAAAAUUUUGCUUCAUUAAUUUUCGGCUGGAAUAGAACGGAAAAGUGUGAAAGAUUUAACAUUUCGGUUGAUUUCACCGGAGCAAUAUAACACCAUGUCGAAAAUAUCUGAAAAAAAUUAUCGGGUUUUUUAUCUUGGAGAAAUUUCGGUCAGUUUUUAAAUGAAAAUUCAUGGAGAAAAGUUCUCUUCGCAUUUUAGUGUUUUUGUUUUUACCUCCGAAGUCUCUUAAUUCGUUAGAGAACUUCACUGUUGAAAAUCCUUGGAACUCAAUUGACUCAAGCGAGUAGGACAUUAAUUUGGACAAUAGCUGUAUUUUUCUAAGUUUUCAGUGGAUUUAUUUCUGAGUAACGAAAUUUUGGGAGAUACGAAUAGCAAUUUUCAACAGUGCAGUUCGCAAUUAAUCACAAAUAAAUCACUGGAAAUGGAGUCUGAGGUAGAUGUGACAUAUUCGAGGAUGGAUAAAGGUUUGAGUGCCUGGUAUUGUCUCGGUGGAUGAAGAUAAA